AUGAGUUGUUUUAAAUGCAGUUUUGAUAAGCGCCUUUUAGAAUUGUCCUUAAUCGAUUCCCUCACUCUCUUUCUUUGGAGACUGCAUUUGGAAAACGAUUCUGAGCACUACACUACCGUUGAUGUGAAAAAGUUCAGUCAAAGUUUUGUUAUGCAAAUGGCCGCUAAAAGGAAAUUUAUUAAUACCUCGUUUUCGUUAUACGGAGAUCUGGACAUUGACUCAAACUCGUCUGGAAUUUCUUCAGAAGGCAAAGAAGACUCUAGUGAUACUGAUAGUCUAUUUGGUAAAAAGAAACGAAAUAGUUUGUCAGAGGAACCGGCGGACCAAAAGAAUGACGGUGUCGGUGGUAGCCAGCUUCUGAAUAUGCUUAUUGCAGCAAAGGAUCGUUCCUUGAUUAGCGUAUGUGGAUGGAGAAAGGGAGAGCGAGAAGAAAUGCAAGAUGCUCACUUUUUCGACGACAACUUUGGACUUCCUGCUGUGGACAUCAAGAGAUGUGCAUUGUAUGGGAUUUUUGAUGGUCAUGCUGGUCGUAAAGCGGCUGAUUAUACAAAAGAACAUCUUCCAAUGAAGCUGAAAGAAAAGCUUUCUGCUUGUGUGGAUGUGGCUUCACUUGAAAAAGGGCUGAAGAGGACGUUUAUUGAAUGCUUUAGACAAGUAGAUGAGGCCUUCCUCAACGAAGCUCGAAAAGUCAAACCGACCUGGAAGGAUGGCACAACUGUUACAACCAUUCUCAUAGUCAAUGAUGUUUUAUAUUGUGCGAAUAUUGGUGACUCCAGGGCAGUUGUUUGUAGAAACAAAGGCCCGGAUGCUGUUGUAGCCUUACAAUUAACGGUAGAUCAUUCACCACUUCAGUUCGAUGAACGGAUGAGAAUACAGAAAGCUGGAGGGAACGUCAAAGACGGUCGGAUUAUGGGUGUCUUAGAAGUUUCAAGAUCAAUUGGUGAUGGCCAGUUCAAAGCUCAUGGCGUUUCUUGCGUCCCGGAUGUGAAGAAGUUUUCAAUCACAACUGAGGAUAGUUUUGUUUUGAUUGCUUGUGAUGGUUUAUGGAAAACCUUUAACAAUCAAGAAGCAGUGGAAUUCGUCUCCAAAAAGUUGAAAGAAUCGGAGAAGAGGCCUGAAGUGGUCGACGAACAUGCAGGAAAUCCAAGAUAUCUUGAGUGUGAGAGGGUGGCUGACGCUCUGGCAGCUGAAGCAGUAAAAAGAGGAUGUGGUGAUAAUGUGUCGAUAUUGAUAAUUAUAUUUGAGAGUCCUUAUGAAGUGUUAAAGGCGAAGGUGUAG